GAGAACUAUGAGGCGGGCGCCAACGGCCGGGGCCGCGGGGCGGGAGGCAGCGCGGGAACUGGACGUUGAGGGGCCGGCCUAGCCUGGGGGCCGAGCCGCCGCUCCUGCACACCGUGUGGGGCCGCCGCCGCCGCCGCCGCCUGGCCGUGGGUGCCGGAGCGGCCGGGCGGCGACCCGAGGCUCCUCGGUAGGUGCGGGCUACGUCUCCGCUGCGGGCAUCCCGCGAGGGCGCCCUCUGGCCAUGAUCGACUCGGUGAAGCUGCGCCGCGACAGCGCGGCGGACUUCUUCUCGCACUAUGAGUACCUGUGCGCGCUGCAGGACUCGGUGCCGCUCCCCGCCGUGCGCGCCUGCCUCCGGGAGGGCGUGCUGGACUUCAACGCCGACCGCCUCCGCGUCGUGGACUGGGCGCCCCUCCUCAGCACCCUCAAGAUUAAUAAAGACCUGCCCUUGAUCUCCAUCAAGAGCUUCUUCCAGCCGUGGCUUGGGGAAACAGGUUCUGACAUAAAUAAAGUUUGCAGAAGUCGUGUUCCUGCAAUAAGAUUGAAAGAUGUGACCUUCCAGUUAUGUAAAGCUCUUAAAGGCUGUUUAAGUAUAUCAAGUGUGCUAAAGAACCUGGAGCUAAAUGGACUAGUUCUGAGAGAGAGAGAUUUAACUGUUUUAACAAAGGGAUUGAAUAAAUCUGCUUCUUUGGUGCACCUGUCUCUUGCAAAUUGUCCAAUUGGAGAUGGAGGUUUAGAAAUUAUUUGUCAAGGUAUAAAGAGCUCUAUCACUCUUCAGACAGUCAACUUCACGGGGUGUAAUCUGACAUGGCAGGGAGCAGAUCACAUGGCCAAGAUCUUAAAGUAUCAGACCAUGAGAAGGCAUGAAGAAACCUGGGCUGAGAGUCUUCGCUAUAGGAGACCUGAUCUUGACUGUAUGGCUGGCUUAAGGCGUAUCACAUUGAAUUGCAACAUGCUCAUUGGUGACGUAGGUGCAAGUGCUUUUGCAGACUCUCUCAGUGAGGAUUUAUGGCUGAGAGCACUUGACCUGCAACAGUGCGGCCUCACCAAUGAAGGAGCAAAGGCUUUACUGGAGGCCCUUGAAACCAACAGAACUCUCGUUGUUCUGGAUAUAAGAAAAAAUCCACUCAUUGAUCAUUCUAUGAUGAAAGCAGUUAUCAAAAAAGUUCUCCAGAAUGGAAGGAGUGCUAAGUCAGAGUACCAAUGGAUAACUUCUCCAUCAGUGAAGGAACCACUGAAAACUGCUAGACAGAAAAAGAAAACUAUAAUUCUAGGAAGUGGUCGAAAAGGAAAAGCUACUAUUAGAAUUGGAUUUGCUGCAAAGAAACCUGUAAGUAAUGGAAGAAAACAUUCCCUUGGUAAAGAACACUAUGCUCCUAUACCUCUACCGCCUGGCGUGUCUGGUUUCUUGCCGUGGCGUACUGCAGAACGUGCAAAAAGGAACAGGGGCUUUCCAUUAAUCAAAACUCGUGAUAUACAUAAUCAGUUGCAGCAACCAGGUUUUCCUGUGACUGUGACAGUUGAGAGUGCUUCAUCCUCAGAAAUUGAGGAGGUUGAUGAUUCUUCAGAAAGUGUUCAUGAAGUGCCUGAGAAAACCAGUUUAAAACAAGAAGCAUUACAGGAAAAACUGGAGGAGUGCCUAAAGCAGUUAAAGGAGGAAAGAGUGAUAAGGCUUAAGGCUGAUAAACGAGUCAGUGAGCUGGAACACGAAAAUGCCCAGUUAAGAAAUAUAAAUUUCUCUUUGUCCGAAGCCCUUCAUGCGCAGUCAUUGACAAGCAUGAUCCUGGAUGAUGAAGGUGUUUUGGGCAGCAUUGAGAAUUCUUUUCAGAAGUUCCAUGCUUUCUUGGAUCUCCUUAAAGAUGCUGGGCUGGGGCAGCUUGCCACAAUGGCUGGUAUAGAUCAGUCAGAUUUUCACUUACUGGGUCAUCCCCAGAUGAAUUCUACUGUUAGUAGUCUACCUAAAGAAGAAAAGAAGGCCCUUGAGGAAGAAAAACCAGAACCAAAGCAGAAUGCCCUAGGAAAAAUUGAAAAUAUCCAAUUUCAGAAAAUUACAGGUGAUGCUAGAAUUCCUUUGUCUCUCGACUCCUUCCCUGUACCAGUUUCUACUCAGGAGGCCUUAGUAACUUCCAAAGACAGCCUGGGAGUCCCAGCCACUGAGCAGCAGCAAGAGCCUUUUGAAGGAUUCAUUGCUAGAACGUGUUCUCCUUUAGCAGAUGUGAUUUCUGGAACUGGAAGUCAAAGAAAAGAAGAGGAGUUCUCCAUAAAGAGCAAAUCGUCUUCAGAGAAAAUGACCAAAACAGGUGAAUAUAGCAAAAAACACUCUGCUAAGAAACAACUUGGAAAAGAUCUGCAUUCCUACUCUGACUCUUCUAUAAACCGGAAAAGCAAAGGAAUCAGGGAAACUAGUUCUUUGGUUAAUGAACCAAUUAAAAGUGAGUCUGUGAAAAAAUACAUUUCUGUCAAAAAAGAAAGUAGAAUAUUGACUGUUUCAUCCAAGACAAAUACAAGUAAAUCCAAUCCACUAGAACAUUCUGAAAGUGAUACUCUUGGAUCUGAUUUUGAAUUUCAAGAAAGCAUCCAUUAUCACGCCUGA